CAAUAUUAUUCUAGUUCACACCUAAAAUAUGACAAACAAAUUAAAACCAUUAUAUUAAACUAUGAUACCGAUUAUCUUAUAUUCAAAUCUAUUUAAAAAAUUAUAUUGCCAAAGGUUAUGUAGAUUACUUACAUAUCUAAGCUAACAAGCUCCUUGAAACUGAAUUAAAUUUAUAAAAAGAAAACACAAUUAUGUAAUUAUUAAUUGAAUAAUACAAAAUGACAUCCUGUGAUUUAGCCCAUAAACGAUUUUACUGCAGAGAAUGGGUGUUUCAAAAAUUAUUGCAUUGUUUUGAUCAGAGAAAUACUUGGAAAACAUGUGGUGCACUUUUAGUUGGAGGUGCUGGUUGUGGAAAGACAGCAAUAUGCUGUGAAAUAGUUUGGCCUUCCAGUCGACAACAAAAGACUUUAAAUAAAAGACUUUUAGCUUAUCAUUUUUGUCAAGCUCAAGAUGUAAACACAUUAUCUGUAACACACUUUAUUCAAAGCUUAGUAUCUCAACUUUCAAAUUCAUUGCCUAAAUCUUAUAAAGAAAGACUAAAAAAUGAUCUAAUCAUACAAGAAGCAUUAUUACCCAUCAACAUGGUAAAAGAUGCUGAUGACACAUUUAAAAAAGCCAUAAUUUUUCCUUUACUUGAACUUGAGUUACCAAAACACACAAUGUUUCUAUUAAUUGAUUCAAUAGAUGAGGGGUUGUGCAUGAAUGAAAGAUCUGAUUUACAGUUAAAAAGUAGUAUUAGUAAUACUAUAACAGAACUCUUAGCAUCACAUCAUCAUUUAUUUCCUCAAUGGUUGAUGCUCAUUUGUACUACACGCCGACAAAAUAAAAAUAUUUCCCGUAUGUUUUCGGGUUUUCGAAAAAUUAGUAUUGAUGAUCUACGUAAAUCACAAGUUGUUGCAGAUGUACAACAAUACAUCUUAAGCCGUUUAGAAUCAGAAGAAUCAUUAAGACAACAUAUGAGUAGAGAUACAGCAGAUAUGUUAAAUCAAUUGCAUAUCAAAAGUAAUGGAUGUUUUCUAUACUUGGAAAAAGUUUUAGAUGGUAUUUCUGACGGAUGUGUUGUAUUAAGAGAAAUCAAAGAUAUUCCUGGUACACUUAAUGGGUUGUAUUUAUGGUUUUGCCAAAGACUUUUAAAUUCAAAACAUUUUUCAAAAGUUCGCCCUCUUUUAAAUGUGGUUUUAUCAUCUCAAAAACCCAUGUCAGAAGAAGAAUUGGGUAGUGUUAUGUAUUCAGUUUAUCGCUCUAUGUCUGUUGAAGAAUUUCGAAAACGUUUUAAUUUAUUAAGAAGAAUUUUUUCAAUAUCAAGAGAAUCAAAAUUUAUUCAGUUUCAUCAUAGUUUUGGUGAAUGGUUUUUAGAUGUUAAACAUUGUACUAGAAGAUUUUUAUGUUCUGCUAAUGAAGGUCAUGCUAUGAUAGCUAUUCACAAUACAAUAAGUAAUAAAUCACCAUUAAAGUAUGAAGAUAUUCAUAUUUUAGCAUAUCAUUUAUCUAGAAUAAACCCAUUAUCUGCUUGGGCAAAUUUUUCCGAUCCAAAUCUACUUCCAUUAUUAUGGUUAAUUGAUAGUGGAGCUCAAAUCUCAGAUAGUCUAACAGUUCCAUGUUAUGAUAUAAAGUCUGUUAAUUUUCUACAAGAAGCUCAUAAUUUAGUAUCGAAGAAUGAAUUAAAACCUCUCCUACAUGAUAAUAUUGAUGAAAAAACAUUAUCUACAGAAGAACCUAGUAUACUUGUUAGUGAUAAAAUAUCUAAUUUUAAUGAAAUAGAUGCUAAUGGAAGAAAUAUGUUACAUUUACUUGCAAUGGAUGGAAAUUCAAGUGUUCUUUUGAAACUUUUAAAUAAACAUUCUAAUGUUGAUUUAGAAGUUUGUGAUAAUAAUGGACAAACACCAUUAAAUAUAGCUGCACGCCAAGGGUAUCUGGAUAUAGUAGAGCUUCUUUUAGAACACAAAUGCAAAGUUGAUCAUACAGAUUUUGAAGGAUGGACAGCAUUAAGAGCAGCUGCUUGGGGAGGUCAUUCUCAGGUCCUUGAAAUAUUGUUAAAACAUGGAGCAAAUGUUGAAUGUUAUGACAGUGAAGGACGUGGUGCACUACGAGCUGCUGCUUGGGGUGGACAUGAUGAUAUUGUUGCAAAAUUACUUGAAGCUGGUGCAAAUCCUAACACAAAAGAUGGUGAUGGUAGAACUCCAUUAAUUGCAGCUGCAUAUAUGGGUCAUGCACAUAUUGUAACUAGACUAUUAGAUAAUGGAGCAAAUAUUAAUCAUCAAGAUAAUGAUGGUCGGACUGCUUUAAGUGUUGCUGCUCUAUGUGCACCUACAAAUGAAGGUUAUGCAAAAGUUGUAACCAUAUUAUUGGAUUCAGGAGCAUUUGUUGAUCAUGAAGAUAAAGAUGGAAUGACACCAUUACUUGUAGCAGCAUUUGAAGGGCAUAAAGAUGUAUGUGAAAUAUUAUUAGAAUCUGAAGCUGAUGUCGACCAUUGUGACAAGCUAGGGAGAACUCCCUUGUGGGCUGCAGCAUCAAUGGGUCACCCUGAUUGUGUCUCAUUGUUAUUAUUUUGGGGAUGUUAUGUUGAUAGUAUUGACAAUGAAGGACGUACAGUUCUAAGCGUUUCUGCAGCUCAGGGAAAUAAUAUUGUUGUAUCUCAAUUAUUGGACAGAGGGCUGGAUGAACAACAUAGAGACAAUUCUGGUUGGACUCCAUUACACUAUGCUGCUUUUGAAGGUCAUCAAGUAGUUUGUAAAACAUUAUUGGAAAGUGGAGCUAAAAUUGAUCAAACAGACAAUGAUGGAAAAACGCCAUUAAUGUUAGCAUCAGAAGAAGGACAUUCAUUACUCGUGAAUGAGUUUUUAAAAGUCUAUGGAGCUCCACCAGAGCAAAAAGCUCAUGAUGGAAGAACUGCAAUCAGAUUGGCUGCAUUAGAAGGUCAUAUUGAAGUAGUUAGAAAUCUUUUAGAAUAUGGUGCUGAUGUAAAUAAAAAAGAUGCUGACGGGCGAAGUACUUUAUAUGUUCUUGCUUUAGAAAAUCAUUUAGUGAUGGCUAAAUUUUUUAUUAAUCCUGGCAGAGCAGACAUAGAAAGCACAGAUUCUGAGGGUCGAACUGCUCUACAUGUAAGUUGUUGGCAAGGACAUUUUGAAAUGGUUUCAUUAUUGCUAACUUUUGGAAAAGCUAAUUUAAAUGCAACGGAUAAUGAAAAAAGAACACCUUUACAUUUAGCUGCAUGGCAAGGGCAUUCAAAUAUUGUUAGAUUGUUACUUGAACAAGGAGCUAGUAUAGAUCACGCUUGUAAUCAAGGAGCAACUGCAUUAGGUAUAGCAUCUCAAGAAGGAAAUGAAACGUGUGUUCGUUUGUUAUUAAUGCAAGGUGCAAAUCCAUUAAUUGCAGACCACUGUGGACGAAAUGCUAUCAAGAUAGCUGCUAAAAGUGGUCAUGUUAAUAUUGUUAAAUUACUAGAACAAUUUUACCCUGUUAUAAAUGAAAAUAAUGGAUUUAAUACAGCUAAUACAUCUUGUGAGUCUGCAUCAACAACAGAAACUAAACCAUCCUCUGCUAUAUUAGUCAACCCAUUAUUGACAUGUACUACUACUGUUCCUUUGUGUGAAUUAUCACCUGUAGAAUCACCUGAUUCGACAGCUAAAAGAACUUCAUUUGUAUCAAAUUAUAGCAAGUCUAGUUCUAAUUUAACAGGGAGUACAAAAAGUUCCCACCAAGAUCUUCCAGUUCAAUUGACUCCAUUAACAUUUACCCAAAAACUACAACAGUGUAGUCGAGGAAUUAAAUCAAGGCCAACAUCUAAAGUGUUAAGUCCAUUGCAAAGUCCAAUAUAUGCCACCCCUCCACACAGUCCAAGCACAGAAGAAGCUUCAGCUCCAAAUCUUCAGGUAUUAACUGAUGAUCAUUUCUCAAGAGAUACUCAUAUGCGAAUAAUUUUGGGAAACAAUGCAGCAUCAAAAAAAAAUACAUCCAAUUCAAAUAAUCAAAAUAUUAAAAAUUCUGGAAGUAAUAAGCCAAAAAGAAAUGGUAUUGUAACCAAUCCAGCAUUAAGAAUAAUGCCAGCCAUUCGAAGUGGUCUAGAAUUAGCUGCUGGCCGAAGAAAUAAAACUCCUCAUUUACCUACUGAUAGUUUUAAAUGGCGAAAAGAAACACCAUUGUAAAUAUAUUUUUGUUCCAAAGUGAGUUAUUAAUAGUUUGAUGUUUAUUUUUAUACUAUUUAAAAUUAUAUUUAAUAAAAUCCAAAAAAUAGUAUUGAUGUUUAUAUUGCCAAACUCACCAUAAUAUCUAUGGAGUGUUUAUUUCAAUUAAACAUUUUUGUUAGUACUAUGUAUUACACAGAAUGUAGGAAAAGGCUGAGCUAUUUAUUAAUUUUGUUUUUUUUUAAAACAAAUGUUAGUUUUGCUAAAUUUUUUUCAUUAUUUUAAAUUUGAGUUAAUUUAAUUCAGAUUAAUUCUACUUAAAAAUGUUAAUUAUUUUUGUGUUGAGUAUCAUAAUCUAAGAU